GGCGUUCGGAUUGACAUUUUUUUUUCGCUGUGGAUGCGUGGCACGUAAAGCCAGUGACAAUGGACAGCAGGAAGGCAGCGUUGAAGUCUUUGAUGAAAGGUGCCGUUGCGAAAAGAGAGAAACGCAUCGAGUCGCCGUUCGUCAGACUAGCCUCGGGGCAAGCCAGCGGAGCAGCGGGUGGAAAAUCGUCAACCUCGUUGCCUCCUACUGCAUCCGCCUCGUCAACGACACCAACAUCGUCCAAGUCUUCCGGCAGCACCAGGUUGGCGUCAGAGCUGCCAGCCAACUUUUUCGAGGAGCCGCAGAAGAAGCAUCACAGAGCCACAGCCGAUGGCGGCAGCACAAGGGCGAGCGCGCCUUUUCACACGGGCAAGGGUGCUGCGCAUUCACAGAAAACUGCACUGCCAUCUGCGGGGGCAGGUGUAGAGAUCCGAACAGGAACAGCGGGGCUAGCCGUGGCGGCUUCGGGACCUCCCACGGUUGUUGUUUCUUCGUCGGGCGUGCAAGGCAGAUCUUCCUCGACUUCUGCACCUGCACGAUCUGAUUUGGCAGGAGCAACUUCAGGAGGGAGGAGCACGGGGAUCACCGCGGCCACGUCAGGGAGGGAGCGAGUUGCAAAGGAGCUCCCUGCUGGGUUCUUUGAUAAUGAAGGAGGGCGGCAAAAGCCCCGGCUCCCUGGUGGGGGUGCUCAGCAGAGUGCCCCUUCGAAGGCAGCAUCAGGGAGGGCUGGAGAAAUGGCGACAGCUGGGGAGGAUGCUGCAUCUACUGCCUUGCCGGAGGGUUUCUUCGAUGACGUUGCUGCAGAUCACAAGGCAAGGGGGUUGGAAAUGAAGAAGGUGGUUAUACAGUUAAGAUCUUAUCGGGAAGAGGAGGAGGAGGAGGAGGAGGAGGAGGAGGAGGAGGAGAGGGGGGAGGAUGAGCUGGCAAGGUUAGGUUGGGAGGAUGGAACGGGUUUUCUUGGGUGGAGCUUGACUGGCUCUGGAAUGACAGAGACGUCAUUCCUGGAGCGGAUGGCAGCUUUGAAAAAGGCCAAGGAAGAGAAAGCGCGGCAGCAUUUAGACAAGUUAGGUGGUCGGGAGAAUGGCACAUCGGGACAGGGAAAUGCAAAAUCUGGCUCUUCCUCAGAGUCGGAAGAUGACGAUGAUGAUGACGACGAUUUGCUAUUCGAUUGGCGCGCAAAGACAUUGUAAAAUAUAUAUAACUUAUUAGCUUUAGUAAAGCAUUGCGGUAUUC